AUGCCCUCCUUGAUAGACCUGUUGCAAAGCGCGGAAGCUGGCCUCGCGAAGGUUGAUUGGGCCGGGUGUGGGCGAGGCCUCGGUGAGGACUUGGUCUACAGCUUCGCCGGCGGCGGCAGGGACGGUUCCAUGGUCAACGGGGACAUACCGAUCUAA